AUUUCUCCUUGAACAUUAACAUUGCAGGCUGUUUGUAGCUCAACUGCCGGAAAUCCAUUUAUAAUUUAACAAACUUCAACCGAGCAAAGCAAAUAAAAAUGGCUUCGGUGACUCAAAGCGACGAGAGCGGAACUAAAGAUGAAAUAACCCAGCCUCCAGAUCUUCCAAAAGUUGGCAUCUUAGGGCAAACUGACUGGCUCAGGAUUCAGGAUGAAAUCAAUGGGAUCGAUAAAGACAAGGAGCGACUUAGAGAGGCAGCUAAACACAGAGAGGCUCUGCAGCUGCAGUCCAAGGAAUUUGUGAAAAUGUGGCCCGAUACCAUUGCUAGUCAAAGACAAAACAUGUUGGUGGCAAAGAAAGUCCGAGAGCUAAUGGAGGAAGAAAAAAUGAAACUGAUUGAAGCAGAAGAAGCCCAAUAUAAGAAAGAGAAGCAAAAAGAGGCAUUAAAAAAAGCCAAAACUCAGCUGUAUUACCAAAAUGACCGAGUGAAAGCAUUACAUCGCGCGCUUCUGCACACCGAGGUGCUUAAAGAAAGGGAGGCUCAAACAGAGCUGAAAAAAAGGAGGAAAAUGGCCGAUAGAGACAUGGAGAAGAAGUUCCUGGAAAUAACAAGUAGAGAGACUGAAACCUCGAGGAAGGAGCAGGAAAGGCAGUUACAAAAGAUUAAGAGACAGGCAGUCGCAGAAGACCAGAAAAACCAGAUAAAAGCAAACGAGGUAGCCCGAGAGCUACAGAAACUGGAAAUCGUGGAGGAAGCAAAGGAAAUUCAGCUCCUUCAAGAGCGUUAUCAGCAGGAACAAAAGAUGGAGUCCGAGCGACGAGCAAACCAGAGGAGGGACCUCUUCCACGCUCACCUGGAUCAACUAAACAAAAAGGCCCUGAAAAAAGAGCAAGAGGAAAAAAUUCAGAAAGCUGAAGAGGAACGGAGGAGGAUGUUUAACUCAGUCAAAGAACAAAGGACAAAGCUACAGCAACAAAGGGAGAAAGAGUUAUUUAGGGAAGCUCAGAAGCAGAGAGAGAGGAUUUUGAACAAUCUGACAACCAUGCAGCAAGAGCAGACCGCCAUCGAGGAGCAGAGGUUAGCUGAAGCUGUGGCUGUGAUGAGCAUGAAACAGAGACAACAGCAACAGGAGAAAGAGAGGAAGAAAUCAGAGAUGUUGAAGACAGUAGCCGAACAAAUGGAGAUUGUGAGAAAGAAAAAGGAGCUCUUGGAAAAAAGCGCAGAGCAAGAAAGGCGAGACGCUCUGCAAGCAAAGAAGGAAGCUGACCUAAUAUACACCAAAACACUACAACUAAAGGCUGAGAAGAUGAGAGAAGAACAAAGAAAACUGAAGGAAUUCUAUGUUGCACAAAUGGCAGAAAAAAGCACCAGACUUCAGCAAAUGAAAGACGAGGAGCUUAACAUUGAAACAAAAAAUGCAAAACAAAGAGCUGAAGAGGAAGCCGAGUUUGAGAAGUACACAGAACAGGUCAUCCAGACCGCAGCAGAUGCUAAAAGAAAUCUGAUUCCACUUUACAGAGCUGUGAGAAAAGGAGGAAGUCCAAGCUACAUCGUCCAGGACAGCAGUGGGGCGCAGAUGCCCAGAUAUACCUCUGCAACCACACAGAGCAUCAGAAGGCUUCACGAGGCUGGAAACAUUCAUGAGUCCAAGAAGAGACUUGGUUUCACAUGGUGUUAGUUUAAUACCUGCUGUAGUUUACUCUCGUGAACGUGUUCCUAUUUUGUCAUGUCACACCCAUGAAUUAAAUGACUGUCAUCGGGGAUAGCUUAAGAAAAAUAUUCUCCCCCAUGGCUCCACUCUGUGUUUGUUUUUUUAAAAUCUUAAACUAUCUCAUAUCUGUGCAAAAUAGUUAAAGUUUUUGAAGUGAAAUGAGGAAAAACAGAAAUAUUAAAAAGGAAUAUGCAUGUUGUAUCAAUCUGCUUUUACUAUGAAAGUCCUGGUGCAGCCAGUUACCUUUAAGUCAUAACAUAUAUAUCUCAGUAUAAACACACUUUUCUGAAAGGCCCCAGAGGCUGCAGCACCACUAGCAGGCAUCUCAUGAAUAUAAAUAAGCUGUUCAUUGAAGUCAGGGAGAGAGUUAUUGAGAAGUACAAGUCAGGAUUGAAUUAUAAAAAAUAAAAAAAAGAAUCCAAAGCUGCAUGGAGGAUUGAAGCUCCACUCCAGUACUGGAACAU